AUGUCCAGAAUAUUCAACGACAAAGAAGAGUCUCUCAACGUUUUGGGGGAAAGUCUCACCAACCUGACAUGGCUCCACCACCUCAACGUCGCAGCCAUAAUGACCCCCACGGACAAGUCUGAGGAGAAUACCAACAAGGACGACAUCCUCAGACUCCCCUCCUCCUCGGAGAUUGUUCAAUACGCAACAGACGAGUCAGAGAAGCCGCCCUACUCCUACACCACUCUGAUCGGACUGGCAUUCCACUCCCUCAAAGCAGACAGACUGAACGUGGGGCAAAUGUGUGACUGGAUAUCCUCUCGCUUUCCUUUCUAUCAAACCUACACCCAAAUGUGGCAGAAUUGUGUCCGACACAAUUUGCAGCAAAGCCGACUGUUCGAACGAGUCCGCAAAAGGAGAGACGACCGCCACAGAGGGGUUCUCUGGCGAAUCUCCGCCCACGUGCGCAUCGAAUGUGUCUCCGAUGAGGAGGAGGUGGGCGAUGAAUCCACCAAGAGAAAGAGACCCCCAAGUCUGUUCUGCACAGAAAACUACCUCAUGGGCGGGGGAGAGAAUCAGAGAAAUAAAAAAAGGCGGGAAGAGGAGUACGACUAUUCGUGGGAUUCCCUCGUUCCCGCCACUCAAAAGGAGGACUGGUUCCCCUCAUACCCCACUGAAAAAACCUUGUUCGACGACUUUGAGAGGGCGGGUCCUGUAUUUGAGGACUUUGACGAGUCAAAAAUGACUUUUCCGGAUUUUUAUAUGGGUGGGGAGUAUUGUGACACGGCAGACAUUCCGGAGUUUACUUCGGCAAUUCACUUUGACCCUCUUUUGUCGUCGACGUGGAGCACGAGCACUCAGGGGAGCGACUCGAGCAGGGAAGGACACGUGCACUACUCAUUUGACACAGAAGGACUCCACUACAACUGA